UGUGUUUUCCCGAAAUUAUGUAAACUCUAUGAUGAUUGCGCCUAAAUUGCUAAAUAUUAACAGUCUAUACGAUGCAACUGUAAAUAAUAGUUGGUAUAAAAUUUAUGGAUCUGUUAGAUCUAUUUGCCAUAACAUUGAAGUAAAACCCGUAACCAAACCGUUUGGCGAACAAAAUCUAGAAUAUCAGGUUCAGAGACGACAGGGAAAUAAAUUGCUAUAUAUAUCAACGGUUAGACAACAAGAUGACGGGUCACUGAUGUUGAUCCGUAAUGACGAUAACAGUACUCAAGAGGUGAGAAUUCUUGAGGUCAAGAAAAACGAUUUUUGUGUCCUAUUAUUGUUGGACAUCAAAACCAAUACUCGUGACUUAAUUGUCUAUUCCCGUCAAAAGAGUCCAAAUAAUAAAUUAUUGAAAAUCGGUGAACGAUUGAAAUUAAUGUAUAAAAUUGAUUUACCACUCUAUCGGAUGCAACAAAAUGGUUGUAACGAUAAAAUGCUAAAACUUUCAAAUAAUGGUAAAUCUGAUAACAAUCACAACGAAUACGACAAUCAAAAUGUUUUAUUGAUAACAAAAAAGCCGAAAACUAUUCGGUCGACUAUAUCGUCAAACAGUUCUCUUAAAGUAUAUCAAGAAUAA